AUGAGAUUGAUAUCAGCUCAAGAAGUUUCAAAACACAAUAAAAGGGAGGAUUGCUGGGUAAUCAUACAUGGAAAAGUAUACGAUCUAACAAAAUUUCUUCCCGAACAUCCUGGUGGCGAAAGAAUUAUUCUCAAACAAGCUGGUAAAGAUGGAACGGCCGCAUUCGAUCAAAUCCACCCGUUAGAUAUCAUUAAACAAUAUCUGCCGCCCGAGGCUUUUCUUGGAGAAAUUGAUCCUGCCACAGUUGUUAAAACUGCCAAAGUUGAAACCGAAGAGGAUAAGCGGCGUAGAUUGGCAAUUGAGAAAAAACCGGCCUUAAGUGAAAUGUUGAAUCUGUACGAUUUUGAAGCAGUGGCUUCCCAAGUGUUAACUGCUGAAGCAUGGGCGUAUUAUAGUUCUGGCGCCGAAGAUGAAAUUACCCUUCGGGAGAAUCAUAAUGCUUUUCACCGUAUCUGGCUCCGACCUAGAGUUAUGAGAAAUGUGUUAAAUGUAGAUAGCAGUACAAAAAUUCUUGGUCAUCAUUCUUCUUUUCCAUUGUACAUAACAGCCACCGCUUUAGGGAAACUUGGUCAUCCUGAAGGGGAGGUUGUUCUUACUCGAGCUUCAUACAAGCAAAAAAUUAUUCAAAUGAUACCUACUCUUGCAUCUUGUUCUUUAGAUGAGAUGAUUAGUGCUCGGGGAGAAGGUCAGAUUCAAUUUUUUCAGUUAUACGUAAAUAGCGAUAAAAAUAUUACGAAGAAAAUCGUUCAAGCAGCAGAAGAGAAAGGGUGUAAGGCACUCUUUAUCACAGUGGACGCUCCACAGUUAGGUCGUCGUGAGAAAGAUAUGCGCGUUAAAUUUGUCGAUGCGCCUCCGGAUGUUCAAGGAGAGCAUGAGAUAAGACGUGACCGAGGUGCGGCGCUAGCGAUUUCCAAAUUCAUAGAUCCAAGUUUAAAUUGGGAUGAUCUGAAGUGGUUUAUGUCUAUUACCUCUAUGCCCAUUGUACUCAAAGGAAUUCAGACAUCCGAAGAUGCCAUUCUCGCGGCAAAGUAUGGAUGUAAAGGUAUAGUGCUUUCAAAUCAUGGAGGUCGUCAACUUGACUUUGCUCGUUCCGCCAUAGAAAUUCUUCCCGAAGUAGUUGACUCUCUAAAAAAAGAAGGUUUGCUAGAUAGUAUUGAGAUAUACGUGGAUGGAGGUAUCCGUCGUGGCACAGACAUCUUUAAAGCUAUUGCGUUGGGUGCCAAAGCUGUUGGAAUUGGAAGACCAAUGCUAUAUGCCAUGUCCUCAUAUGGACAGGAAGGAGUUGAACAUGCAUUGCAAUUGUUAAAAGAUGAAUUAGAAAUGGUCAUGCGAUUAAUGGGUGUGAAUACGCUCGCAGAUAUUAGGCCUGAGAUGGUUGAUAUUAAAAACUUAAAGGAUCAUAAUUUCGUGCCCAAAGAUUAUUUAUUCUCAAAUGUAUAUGACAAACCAAUCCCAAGAAGAAGCAAAUUGUAA